UUGUCUUUCCCAGGAUUUCACAUAAACAAAGCCGUGUAGAAUGGGGUCUUCUGGUCCCGGCUCCUUUCCCUUAGCAGGGAUGCUCAUUCUGAGCAGCAGUUAUCCACUCCUUUUCUUGCCAGUGUGUAGACGGACCAUUUGCCAGCUGACAAAUUCAUUUCACUUCUUUGGGGCAAGUUCCUAGGAGUGGGACUGCGGGAUCAUUCUAAUGCUUGUUUUCUAAACCUCUGAGUGUGUUUGUCUUCGCUCUGCCCCACGAGGCUGUAAGCUCCACCAAGGGAAGAGGCAUCUCCUGUGUUGUUCAUCGCCACGACCAGAGCCCAGUGCAAUUCCAUGCCAGGACUAUUGCCCACAGAGUGAGUGAGUGAAUGAACCAGUGAUGGUGGUGCCUGGGACGGUGGAUUUGGGUGAUGCUGAUGGGAAGUGAUCAUGGCGCUGAAGGCAAUAGAGGUGACGAUGGUGAUGGAGGUGACUGUGGUUAGGGGACAGUGACGGGGCUGCUGGCGGUGACAGAGGUGGUGUCUGUCACGGUGAAGGCUAGAAACGCCUGCUUUGCCCUCCGUGGAGUCGUCGUGAGGGCCCUCUUUGAAUGUCUCCUCCACCUCCCCACCUCCAAACACCUCCAGUCCCCCACUCCAGAGUCACACCUUGGAGCAAGUUGUCACCUAAACCUCCACCCACCCUGAAGCGACUCUUCCCACCAGCUCCCGCUGUGGCCACACCCCCACUCGCCCACAGCUGUGACAUCUCACCAGGAACAGCCCUCCUUUCUCCCAAGCACUCGGCUUUCCCCUCUCUUGGCUUCCUUCUUAUCCUGUUUAGAUUUCAUAUUUUCUCUCGAGAACACCAGAAGUGUUAGCGUAUCCAUCCUCUCCUGGUACCACUCUCUCCUUGCCAGCGCCUAAGCCGCUGCUCUCCGCUCGGAAAAUCAACCGGGAGGCUGGUGCCACCAGAGAGCAGCCCAGGAGCUGACCCUGACACUCCGGCCCUCAGCGUUCCUCCCAGGCCGCUGUGCCCGCCUGCUCCCACGCCCCCCUUGCCGGCCCCUCCCUGCCUUCUGGAGCCUUCCUCCAGCCUAAGCCGCGCCCCCGCCCCCAGCCCUUCCUUCACAGAGCAGUGACUGCUCUGAAAUGCAAACGUGAGUCUGGAACUUUCUUACUGAAUCUUUCAGUGGCUUCUGAGAAGUGGCUUCCUCUCAAACCCCUCUCCCCAGUUGACCAGGCCCCACGUGAUCUGUCCCCCAUUCCUGGCCUCAUUCCUGUACCCCCCUCCCAGGUUCCAGCCACACUGGCCUCGUUCUUAUUCCUCCAGGACGCCAAGUUCCCUUCAGCUCCAGGCCUCUCCCAGGGCCAGGCUGCGAACUCCUCGCCACCUUCCUGGUCUCGGCUCCUGCCCUCCCCACUCUAGGCUGGCGACCACCCGGUGUUCCCUCCUGAAAAGCCCUCCCUCAGGCUAAGCCCUUACUUGUGCUCAGCAAGCGCCCUGGGGCAGCCCUGUCCCCCGCCACCAGCCCAGCAGGCCCUCCGUGAAUGGUGCUUGUUGGGAAAGUGAGGGGGGAUUGGAGGCGGGUUCUUCAGUUCAUCGCCAGGCGCAGAGAUGACCAGAGGAGGAAGAACUAGCUCCAUCCGGGCUUCCUGGGGGCCAGGAAGGCCAGGCCCAGGCGGUGGUCACCAGCUGGGGUAUGGGGGAGCCCCCCCCUCCAGGAUGCGAGGCCCAACCCAAGGGACCUGGGAGACUCCUGCCCCACGCGGGUCCCAGGCACUGCCUGGGACUUUCCAGGGGGCUGUGCCACCAAGGGAACCUCUGCUGCUGGGGCCGGGGCACCCGGGCAUUUCCUGCCCAGCCUCACUCCCGGAGGCCCCAGCCCUGUGGCCCCGCUCCUUCCUCCCCCGCCAGGGGGGUUUCCACCCAGCCUGAGCCCUGCUAUUUUUAGCUGAGGGAGAGGGACCAACUCCUGGCCCCAUUGCUUCCCCAGAGGGAGCAUGGGCAAAAUGGGGGCUGGGCGCCAGAGGCUGGGGAGUUGACCCCCUAACUCCCCACACCAGGGCACACCUGGGCAGCCCAGGUGGCCAGUGCAUGGGUCCAGUGGGCAGGGGCUCCAGCCCUCGGGUGGGGUGGGCCCAGGGCCUGGGUGGGCUACCGCCCACUUCCUGCGGCCUCGCCCCAGCACUUCAAAGGCUGCUGGCAGCCCUGUGGUCACUCCCGGCUCCCACGCAGCUCAGCCUGAGGGGCGGGCCCGGCGCAGGAGCCCCGGCAGCUGAGUCCCGCUCCUCAGGCAGCUUCAAAGUGGCUGGGUGGGCAGCCCUGCGGUUAGAUCCCCAGGGCGGGUGGGGGACAGGAAGGGGGGGAUAAGGGGGCCCUCUCUGCUCCUGUGUCCUCCCCGCCCCACUGCCUUCCUGGGUGGGCUUAGGGCAAAGGCCCAGACGCUUUCCUGGCCCCCAGAUCCUGUCCUGGAGCCAGGCCGCCUGGGGGUGGUGAUGCCUUCAUGACUGUGAUGUGUGUGCGGUCCGAGUGGGCUCCCCCUGGAGGGCAGCCCCCUGGGGAAACCUCAGGAGCCAACGCGGGGCGCCCCUCCUGGACCCCUCAGGGCCCCGGCUGUGGCGAGGGGUCGCGGACCCCUUCCCUUCCCCCAUCCCCCCUCCCUUCUUGCCCCACUUUUCUGCCUGAAGCGGGGCAGCCGGGAGGGGAGGGGACGGGGAGAAGGGCCUGCCUGUCUGGGCCCUGGCGCGGCCCCGCCCACACCCUCCACGGAGGUGGGCUGGAUGGGCUGCGGUGGGCUUGACCUCGCGCCAGCUCCCCAGAGACCGGCGGGGUGAGAGGGGUGGGGAGCCCGCGCCUCAGAGCAGCCGCCCCGGAGCUGAGCAGACGCUGAGAACAGAGACUGUCUGUGAGCAAGUGGGGGGAGGAAACUUCCAGGGUCCCCUGGGGUCAGCUCCAGGACAGUUGCCAUUUUUAAUCUGCGCAAGAGACUUAGAAGGAGCCGCGAGGGCUGUAACCUAGAUCCGCUCAGAGCCAGCUCAGGAGGUGCCGGCAGUGCAGCCCAAGGAGAGCCCCCUCCCCCGGCUGCGUACCCCGAAGGGCAGAGCGGACCCUGUGCCAGAGACCCCAGGAGAUCUCAGGGGCCUUGCAGGGCUCCCCCUGCUCUGGGCUGGCUCUGCCCCGCCCCCAACCUCCAGACGCUUCCCCCUCCUCCGCUCUCUGGUGUGUGUUGGGGGGCGUCAGGAAGGAGCCCCGCUCGUGAGCCCCCAGCCCUGACGCCGGGCCUAAGCGGAAGCCAGCUUCAGCCCACCCACCGGGGCAGGUGGGAGGGCCACGCCCCAGGAAGGCUGGCCCUGGGGGUCUCGGGUGGAGGCCAAGGGGAUCCCCACCCAGUCCUCGCCGAGGAGAGCCGAGGGCUCACUCCUGAGACCCCUACCCACGCCCCCCACCUGCUUCUUCGCUCUUGGGCUGGCUGCCUGGACCCAGGAUGCUGCUGGGGGUAGAGUGGGAGCGUCCCAGUAACGGCCCCGCCUCCAAAGAGGAGCCGCUUCCCCGCUGGAGUGUCAGGAGGAGGGGGACAGGGCACCGGUGUGGGGGGCUCCGGGUCGCCCUCCGGAGCUCUCCAAGGACCACUGUGUGGGUUGCCCCUUUGGAGACACCUCCCACCUUCCGCCUCAACACCAGGAGACAAAUGUUGAUGGUUCUGGGACUUGGAGGAGCCAGGAGGGAAAGGCAACAUCUGUGCCCCCUGGAGACCCCCACCGGUGGAGUCAGAGUCCCCAGGAGAGGCUCUGUGGGCAGGAACCAGGGCUCCAACUCGGGGGUGGGGGGAAGGGGGGGCGCUGGGGCAAGUGGGCAAGGAGCCAUCUCAGGCCCUCUGUGCUGAUCCCCUUUCCCGCCAUCAUCACUGGUCUUCAGGGUCCCCUGCUGAAAACACGUAGCACCCCCAAACCCCAAGACCUGACUCCCAGGCCGAGGGUACCCCAUCCUUUCCAUCAUCCCAUCAUCCCCGCCCCGCUUAGUCUCCCCUCUCCAGAGCCAGGGCUGGCUGAGGUCCAGGCCACAGUUUCCAUCUGGCCACCACGAGAGAAGCUGGCCAGCCCGGGGUCCCACAGGUGAGGGACCUCCAAGGGGCAGCGGGCAAAAAGCAGGACUGGAUUGCCUGACUGAUGGAAUGGCUCCUGGUGCCUGGUCAGCAGGUCAGGAUCAGUCAACACUCAUUAAACUUAUACACACGUAGACCAACAAAUACUAAACCACCACACUCCCUGGCCUUGCUGCAGACGCUCCCCACAUGACUCACAGGCCAGCACAAACUUUUGGAAAAGCAAUCUGGCCACACCCUGGCACACUCUUAGGACUCGGGUGUGGAGGGGAAAUCACCAAGAGGGCAGGGUCCUCAGACAAGGGUGUUCUUGGCAGCCACGCUGAAGGGAAAGAUCUGGAAACCUGGGUAUCCACCAGCAGAGGGUACGCUGGGGCGUUAGUGUCUGCACAUGGGGAGGAGUGGCCACUGGCCAGCCGCGGGCAUGCGGCGAUGCUCACAGGCCUGUAGGUGGGCAUGUCUGCAGGCAAGUAGAGAAAGGUUAAGACUUUUGGGUACCAGAGAGGGGCUUGGAAAGCACGGUCCCCUUUCAUACACUCUGCCUGACUCAUGGCAGGGAGCCUAUGUGACUCUUUGUAUAACAUAAUGCAGCCAUCACCUUACAUCAAACCCUGAGUGGGGGCUGCGGGAGUGGAAAGGGUAAGGUCCGCCCUGAGGAGCUCCGCCAGCAGCGACCCGGGGCUCCGAGCGUGCACUGAUGCUUCCAGCCAUGCAUGGGGCCCCGGGGACCACCCUAGGAGCGGGCCUGAGGCCUGCACACACUGUGCACCACCCGGGGGUGUCGAGCCCCCGGGAAGUAGGCCCGCAUCCGACUGGCCUGGAGGGCUCUUGACCCCAACCCAGGCUUUACCCUGAUGGGGGGACAGUGGGAGGGGAGGCUGAGACUGACCCGCAGGAAGGCAGGAGGAGAGGGCGGGGGUGUGCACAGCUCCCCACAAACCCCGCCAUCCUUGAGGGCGCCGGUAACUCUCUGUGAUUCCAGAUGUUCAGCAGCUGUCUUGGCCAUUUCCGCCCCUUCUCUGACCCCGCAUCCGCCAGGAAACGUCCCCUCCUGUCCUCGGGCUCCGAGCCACCCCCUACCUUCCCUGCACCCCAUUUCCUGAGCAGAGGCGUUUGUGCAGACUCAGCUCCCCCUCCCGUGGGGCGGCUUCAGCUUUCCCAGGGCCGGUGCUGCCCCCAGAGCCUGGACACCCUCUGCCAGGGGCUCUGAUCCUGCCCCCGCCCCUCUAGCCUCUGGGACUGGUUUUCCCUCUCUCCCUCCGUUCCUCCUCCGAGGCUGGCAGCCUAUAUCGGGGCCUCUGGGGAAGCUGAGCAGAAACGGCCAGGAGGGAGCCCUGCUCAGUGGGGGAGGGUGGGAGCCCUGUGGGGUGGAGGCCAGAGGUCAGAGACCCCAGCCAGCCCUGGGGAGGGGGUGGGGGAGGGGGGACGCACGCUCAGAUGUCUGCCCGGUGGACACUGGGGGGUGGCCUCUUCCAUCUGAGCACCGAAAACAGGGGACACAGCCCCACCUUCGCUGAGCAGACCGGGGCCAGGGGGAUGGGGCACAAGAGGUCACUGCUGCUGCAGCUGGUCCUGUCUGGGGGGUCUUCUGGAGAGGGGACAGCAGGAGGAGGACUCCCUUCCUGUCAUGUGCUUUCCUGUCUCAACAGAGCUGGUGGUUCUGGGGCACUUGGGCUCCUGUGGGCUGGGGGCAGGGCUGGUGGGGUCAGGGGCCAGGCCAGACACAGGGUAAGGGCUCCGGGGGGCCAGCAGCCCCAGCCCGUUGACCUCUGCCCCCCCAGAAUCCGGUCUCUGGCUGUUCCCCCUCCUCCAAGCUUCCUGCUCUUCCGGGGGAGCCAAGGGCAGGUGGGCCCGGCCAAAGGGAAGCCUCUAUUUCCAACCAAGAUGGGAGACUACCCCCAGGAGGACGCUGCUCCUCCAUGCCCCGUCUUUCCCCGGGGAAUCAAAACAGAAUGUGAUGUGUCCACCAUACCGUGCAGACGAUCCCGCGGGCCGCCCCACCGCGGCCGCCAUGUCUGCCUGGAUCCGGGCUGAGCACAGGACAAAGCCUCUGCUCUGCGGCUGGGGUCGCUCCUGAGGGCUCGCAAAGUGAGCCUGGAGCCUCUGGGUCUGCACGCCCCCCCCACCAGGAUAUGAGUUUAUGAAAGAGGUCCCUAGGAGAGUAAACGCCCACACGCUCCCCCUAACCUCAGGGCCGGGGCAGACUUCUCAGGAGGACCAGGCAUGGGGACUCUCAGAGUCCCCAUGGGCGGCUCUGCCCAUCCCCUGACCCCAGGCAUGGCACCCUGCGGGCUCCCUCCUGGGGCGGUGCCCCCAUGGCCCCUGCUGCCACCCAGGACCUAGUAAAGAAGAGAAGUGCUUUCAGGGCAGAAGGAACAGGAGCGGAGCCUGCACCCGGACUCUGAGCCGCCCUCUUGGGCCUCAGGACCCAACUGAUGAGUGAAGCAACCCCAUCUGGGACACGAGCUGGAUAAUCAGGAAGAUCAGAAUCUCAGCGCCUGGGGGCAGGGGUGCUGGGGGCAGAGUUGCCAGAUUUAGCAAAAAAUAACAAACACACCAAAAAGCAGGAUGUCCAAUUACAGUUGAAUUUCAGAUAAAUGAUACUUUAAUAUGAGUAUGUCUCAUGCAAUAUUUAGGACAUACUUACACUCAAAAAAAGUAUUGGUUGCUUAUUUGAAAUUCAAAUUUAACUGGGUGUUCUGUAUUUUACCUGGAAACAGGGGUUGGGGGGAUGGCUAUUCAACCCUCUCAACUCACUCACUCUGCCCAUUGGCCCCUCCUGCCCACCAGCCCUGGAGGGCAGCAGCCGUCCUCAGCUCUGUGUCCCAAGCCUGGCGGCAGCUGACCAGGCCAACAAUGCCCCCAGCUCAGCGUCACAGGGCAGUGGAGCAGAGAGGACUUGUGGGGCCUGGAGCCCCCUCCCCAGAGGGCUGGGGUCUCCAAGGCAGGCCUCUCGGGUUCUGAGGGUCCAGGUGGGUCUGCCAAAUUCCCUUUCAGGUCCAGGCAACAGUUGAAGGAGCACCCCCCCCCCCCCGGAACCUGGCUCUUGUCUGCCUCCCCCCAUGGACUCUGCCCUGCCCUCUUUGCCCUCAGGUGGGCCGGCCCACUUUGGUGCAGGAGAGAAAGGAGAACCCACGAGAGCCCUCCAAAAAAGGAGAAGGGACAUCUUGUGGGGUGGUUUCAGGGAGAGGAGGGCUCGACCAGGGGCUGCAAAUGAGGAACAUUGGCCAGGCAGGACCCACCUGGAGAAGGUCAUUGCCUCUGCAGGCGUCAGUGGAAAGAGGAUCCAGAACAGCCCGGGGUGGGGGGGCAGGGUCGGGGCAGGGGGGGUGGUUUCCAGCCUGCGCUCACCCCCUUUCCUGGGAAGGAAGGCGUGGAGGGCAGGGGCACAGGCAGUGAGCAAAGAGCCCCACCGGCCAGACUCGCUGCUCCCCCAGGGACUUCCUGGGCGUCGCCCUUGCACUGGGAGGGCUGGGCAGGGAGCUGCUCCUCCUGGCUGGCCUGUUGGGGGGCCCACGUAGCCUUUGCGGACUCUCACACAGCCUGAUCCCCAGGGCUGCUUCAUCCUGUCUCUGCUCCCUCUCCCACCCGGGCAGGUGCCGCGGGAGGUAGCGGGGGUUCAGGGCCGUGGGCAGCCCUGCAUUUUUCCCGGUGAGACCCAGGAAGAGGUCAGCACUGUUGAUUUCUGGCCUGUGUGUCCACCUACAGUUCAAGGAGGAGGGGGCCAGACGCUGCUCAGGCGCGGGUGGAGAUGGCCUUGGGCGUGGGGUGAGAGGCUAAUGAGGCCCCGGGAGGAUGCGGGCCAAAGAGGGCCUGGCGAGGGUGUGGCCGCGCCAGGGUCCUGAGGCUGUGGCCCGGGCGGGGGUGGGGGGCGGUCCACCGCGCCCGGGAACCCUUUGUGCGCCCAUCACAGAGUGCCGCCUCUCCCGGGCAACGGUGACUCACAAAGCCGGCCCUCGCCGGGCAGAGGACGUCUCUCCCGGGCCCCGGUGGGCCCAGGUCAUAAAGGCCACGAGGGCCAAGCCCUGAGGAGGCAUGUCCCGAGGCGGCCCUGCGCGCGCCCGCCCCUGCCGCCGCCCUCCGGGCCGGACCUGGGCCUCCCACUGCAAGCGCGACCCGGCCCGGCGACUGGGCCUUAGGGCUCUCUGUCGGGGACCAGCGCCUCGGCGCCCAUGUGCGUGGUCUGCUUCGUGAAGGCGCUGGUGCACCUGUUCAAGAUCUACCUGACAGCAAACUACACCUGCAACUUCCGCGGCUGGCCUGUGGACUUCCGCUGGGAUGACGUGCGCGCCGCCGCCAGGGGCCGCAGCGGUCACCGGGCGCUGACGUGCGCGGCGGCCGCGGCGGGCGUGUGGCUGCUGCGGGGCGCGGCGCUGGGCGAAGACGCGCAGGGGCGACCGCCCCGCGGGGCGCGCAGCCAGGCGCAGUGCCUCCUGCAGCAGAUCCGUGAGCUGCCCGGCCAGCUCGCCAGCUACGCGCUGGCCCACUCAAUGGGCCGCUGGCUCGUGUACCGCGGCUCCAUGUUCCUGAUGACGCGGGCGCUGCUGCCGCUGCUGCAGCAGGGCCAGGAGCGCCUGGUGGACCGCUACCGCGGCCGGCGCGCCAAGCUGGUGGCCUGUGACGGCAACGAGAUCGACACCAUGUUCAUGGACCGCCGCCAGCGCCCGGGCAGCCAUGGCCGCGGCCUGCGCCUCGUCAUCUGCUGCGAGGGCAACGCCGGCUUCUACGAGAUGGGCUGUCUGUCGGCGCCGCUGGAGGCCGGCUAUUCGGUGUUGGGCUGGAACCACCCGGGCUUCGGGGGCAGCACGGGCGCACCGUUCCCUCAGCACGACGCCAACGCCAUGGACGUGGUGGUCAAGUACGCGCUGCACCGCCUGCACUUCCCGCCCGCGCAUGUGGUGGUCUACGGCUGGUCCAUCGGCGGCUUCACGGCCACGUGGGCCACCAUGACGUACCCGGAGCUGGGCGCGCUGGUGCUCGAUGCCACCUUCGACGACCUCGUGCCGCUGGCGCUGAAGGUCAUGCCCCACAGCUGGAAGGGACUGGUGGUGCGCACGGUGCGCGAGCACUUCAACCUCAACGUGGCCGAGCAGUUGUGCCGCUACCCCGGGCCGGUGCUGCUGCUCCGGCGCACGCUGGACGACGUGGUCAGCACCUCGGGCCACCUGCGCCCCCUGCCGUCGGGCGACGUGGAGGGCCACCGCGGCAACGAGCUGCUCGUGCGCCUGCUGCAGCACCGCUACCCCGCCGUGAUGGCGCGCGAGGGCCUCGCUGUCGUGACCCGAUGGCUGCGUGCCGGCAGCCUGGCGCAGGAGGCCGCCUUCUACGCGCGCUACCGCGUGGAUGACGAGUGGUGCCUAGCCCUGCUGCGCUCCUACCGCGCGCGCUGCGAGGACCGGCAGGAGGACCAGGAGGCCUGGGGCCCGCACGGGCUCGCUUUCCCCUGGCUAGUGGGCCAGGGCCUGAGCCGGCGGCGGCGCCGGCAGGUCGCGCUGUUCCUGGCUCGCCAGCACCUCAGGAACGUGGAGGCGACCCACUGCAGUCCGCUGGAACCCGAGGACUUCCAGUUGCCCUGGAGGCUGUAGACCGUGCUUCUGCGUGUCCCUUCUCCCACCCCCCACCCCCCACCCCAAACCAGUAAAGCUGGCCCUGCCCAGGA